UUUAUUGUGAAGAUGGCGACGACCGGAGUUGGUUUUCGUUGGCUAGAUAUUUUAGAAAAGGAGUUUGAUAAAGCAUGUGUCGAACUAGAUACUUCAAUAUCGGACUUGGAAACGGAAGAUCCGGAUGUGGCAUUCUCCGCGCGUCAGAAAAUUGCAACCCUCAGCUCAUGCUUUGCUCAACUCACUCACAAAGCCCUCACUAUAUUUCAGAACAGUGCCAAACUAGAGGCAGAGCUCGUCGAUAUGAGAGCAGAAUUGGUGCAAGCCCGGGCGGCUGUCGGUGCUUGCAAGGAUAGCGUCGAAGGGGUGGCUGUUGGUAUAUGUGAAGUGGGGGAGGCGAGGCGCGCGCGGGCGGAGGCGGCACAGCUGGCCAGGGAGAACGCCGCGCUGCGGGACACUGUGCUUGCCCUGCAUUCAGAACUUUUCGGAGCCAGAUUGGCUACCAAGUAUUUGGACAAGGAAUUGGCUGGCAGGAUACAGCAGUUGCAGUUGCUCGGCAGGGAUAUGCGCUCUGAAGUUAGAGACUCGCUUUGGGCACAGGUUGAGGCAGAGAUCUUGCUGCAGCGGCACAAGACGCUGGUGCGCGUAUGCCGCGGCUUGUCCCCGCGUCCCCCACGGCCGCGCGCGCCCGCCGCACGACCCCGCACCGUGCGCGUGCGCCGCUCCCCGCAUCUUGGACUGGGCAUAUCUGUCACUGGUGGUCGCGAGCACGGCGUGCCUAUCCUGAUCUCUGAGCUGGAGGCUGGCGGGCCGGCCGCGCUCACAGGCGAGCUGUACGUCGGCGACGCCAUCCUCGCCAUCAAUGACCUCGACCUUACACAGGCGUGUCACAAGGAGGCGGUGCAGGCGCUGCAGAGUGUGAAAGGCGACUGCGCACUCUGCGUACAGUUUAUAGCAACUGAUGAUGAUGACCGCCUCUCUGAAGAUAACUACAGGUUUCCGCUUUACCCCGAAGACGGGGAGGUGUUCUGCGAGGAGGGGGACGGCUCCGGCGCCACUCCCACCGCCCCUCGUACACCCGAUUAUAACAAUAGGCCGGAGUCAGUGGCGGGAUCGGGCAGCGAGUGCGGGUCAGUGCGGGGGGCGCGUCGUGCUGACUACACCGCCGACUACAGCGCCCUCAACAACAACCUCGCCAUACUAGACAUGGACGACGACAACAUUAAGAUCGAAACCAGGCUCGAGAUGGUAAGACUAGAGAGUGAGAACGUCGGCGAGCGACGUCGGGGCCCAUACCAGGCGGUGUCGGGGGCGUCCCCCGGUGUGUCCCCGCCCCCGUCCCCGCCCCGCGCGCGCUUCUCCCGCACCGCCUCCUCCGCCUCCCCCGCCACGCCCCUCUCCACACCGGUCCACACAAGACGGCCCUCGCUCAAAAAGAGACGCAAGCCUCAGGACUAUAUCCAGGACUGGCGGACGAAGGGCAGCUACCGCGCUGUGUCCGGGGACGCGCACUCCUCUGAUGAGCCACACGCGACCGUCGAACCCGUCCUGCCGGCGCCUCAGCCCCCCGCGCGGCCAUCACCUCCUGCGUCUGCCCCCGCCCCAGCCCCCGCCCCGCCCACACUGCCACCCCCACCAGCGCCCAUCGACCUCGCACCGCUUAUUAUAAUGAAUGACACAGAAGCUAUUCCACGUAGCUCGUAUCCGUCUUUAGUAUCGGAAUCUGUUCUGAUGCCGUCGCCGCCAUCGCCACAAUCGCCCCCCACGCCCCCCACACCGCCCACGCCCCCAACGCCCGCCACGCCAUCCUCCCCGCUCUCACCAGAGUCGGCCGCGCUGCAGCGAACCCCCACCCUGCUGCCCUCUCCCGGUGAUGUCAGGUCUACCAAGACUAACGGCGAAGCCAAGCCCAGGCGGGAACCGAAAGGCUUUCGGAUAGGUUCAGCUCGACGUGUGACGGAGCACGGGGCUAUGGUGAAUGGCGGCGUGGAGCGCGGCAAGGUGAGCGCGCGUCUGCUGCCCGGCCGCGGGGACCCAGACUUCGGUACGCCUGUCUGAGCCCACGACACGUCACAGUGCACGGCUCCACGUUCAUCACCACAUACGUCACGUCACCGUUAUAUCCGUCAUGAUAACGUGACGUGAUUGAUGUCUGUAUGAUCUAAGCCGUUCGCAGACCUGAACCGAGCCGAUAGCAGAUGAACUAGAUACAGAUUAUGUUGCAUGCUCUCUCAGCGACACUAGUGCCACUCGUGCGCUUACUAAUGAAGAAGUUAACGUAGUUCUUCUCUUACAGCUUCCGAUUGCAAUAUAUAAAACUAAUUUAGUUUUAAAUAGGUUAAUACAUAUAAUAUUUUAGCUUAUAUUAUAUUUUGCGUUUGAAACAAUAGAAUGGAAAAUUACCUUUUGUGGUAGGUAGAGAAAACUAAUUAAUUUUAUAAG